GUCCAUCGUCAUCGAAAAAGUGAUGCAGUGAAGCGGACGCUUCUCUGUAACUGAGAGGCGAGAGCUCGGAUCAGGAACCUUCUUCUGCCAUGGAAGGCGAAUCGGUUGGAGACAAUGCGUCCCUCAUCAACUCCUUCUGCGAGAUCACUUCUUCUUCCAAGGAAGAAGCCGUCUUCUUCUUGGAAAGCCACAACUUCGACCUCGACGCCGCAGUUUCCACCUUCUUCGACAAUAACAACAACGGUAGUGUGAAUAACAACCCUAUCGAGCCCAGCGUUGCUGUGAACGAUAACCCCAACAAAGCUUCGUCUCCUGAAUCUCCGUCUGAAUCCCACUCCCCGGAUUUCUCGCCGUCGCAAUCGCCUUCGCGAUCUCGGUCGGCUUCUCCGACUCCAUCCCGGGCUCCAUAUCAACUCCGAUCGCGGGGUAAUCGAGGUAAGGCUGCUGCGAAGGCCUCCGGAAGCCGUUCGGGGAGAAUUCGGACCCUUUCUGAUUUGAAACGAUCCGUGCGUGAUAGUUCUGAUUCUGAAUCUGAUGAAACCCAGGAAUACUACACUGGAGGGGAGAAAAGUGGCAUGCUUGUCCAAGAUCCCACCAAAGGUAACAGUGUGGAUGAUUUUUUCGACCAAGCAAGACAGUCUGCUGUUGAUGCCCCUCCUGAACGUACUCAAAAGUCUACAAGUUUUACUGGAACAGCAAGACUGCUUUCUGGAGAGACAAUACAUUCUGCUGCUCCUCCCCCAGAAGUUGUUACGCACACAAUCACUUUCUGGAGGAAUGGGUUUUCUGUUGAUGAUGGACCUCUAAGGCGGUUGGAUGAUCCACAAAAUGCAUCCUUUCUUCAGAGUGUAAAGAAUUCUGAGUGUCCCCGAGAACUUGAACCAGCAGAUCGAAGGACUUCAGUCCAUGUUGAUCUUAUAAGGCGGGAUGAAAACUACCUGUAUGAACCUUUGAAGCCCCGGCACCUUCCUUUCCGUGGGGUCGGAAGAACUUUAGGUAGUAGCAGUUCCACCAGUGAAGCUACUGCAGAACCUAUUCAAACAACUGUAGUUGGGCCUUCUCCAAACACUGCUCCAUUGCCAUCAAUGGGUUUAAUUGUAGAUGAAUCACAACCAGUGACGUCAAUCCAGCUGAGGCUAGCUGAUGGUACUCGCAUGGUAUCUCGCUUCAAUCACCACCAUACAAUCAGAGAUGUUCGUGCUUUCAUUGACGCAUCAAGACCUGGUGGAGCGAGAAAUUACCAACUUCAGACAAUGGGUUUCCCUCCCACAAAACUUACGGAUCUGGACCAGACUAUAGAGCAAGCAGGUAUAGCCAAUUCAGUUGUCAUUCAAAAGUUGUAGGUUUGCCCCUGGUGUCAUUUCCAGGCCAACUUGAUAGCACCAUGUUUAUGAUUACAGGUUGCUUUACAUUUUAAAUUAGUAAAUUUAUUCUCCAAAAAUAUUUUGUUGUUAGCAUGCUUCUUCACAAAUUGCUUUGAUGAAGAGAAAUGCUGGUUGACUGAUGGCAUAGAUAAUCUCUGGAAUAGUCAGUUUUAAAAUUUUGUUUGAUCCCAUGUCCAAGAGUUAUUGUGUUCCUUCCAGAUUCAACUUUGACAUAAUUAACAUCAGCUAAAAUGUAGAGGAUCUCUUUUAACUUAAUUUGUGUAAUUUACCUCGCAUAUUUUAAAA